UAUACUAAUAUGGACGCGCAAUAUAAAGAAGGACUAAUAAUAUCGCUCAGUGCCCUAGCAGCUGGAACUUUCAUUUAUGUAACAUUUUUUGAAGUGAUCGCUACUGAACGUGUUAAUGAAUACUCGAAUCUUGCUCAACUCGCUGCUAUUAUUGCUGGUUUCAGCACAGUUGCAGCCUUCCAACUUAUCGAAAUUAUAAUUGAUUAG